CGUUUACUUUGAAUACUUGAAGAAUAGUAGCCUUUAUUUACUCACAAUAAAUAAACUGACUAUAUUAGUUAUAACAUUGACCUAGUUAUAGUGUGGUUUUGCAACUUUUUCUCAAGUGAAAGACAGAAGUAUAUUUAUACACCACUGGAUUUGGUCUCAACAAAAACAAUUGAAUGUCACCUGUGUGAAAACAAGGGGCAAUUUUGAACACUGGUGUAUCAUCAACAGGGCAAUAAUGGAAUCAUUUUAUGUCGUUGUUUUCAAUGUGAAAUGUCAAACAUAGUUUAGAGCUUGAGCUUGAAGGCGCCUGGCGACAGGAUCUGUCGGAAGUGAACCGCGGAGACUCCGCAGGGAGCAGCAGCCUCAAGGCAACUCGUUGCGUUUCACCAGGAAGGACGCCCAGCGCGCCUGUGGAUAUGAAUAUACGAGCCACUCGACGUCGUCAGACUGAAGUUAUGACUUGAAUAUGGCCGACAAGGGUCCGUUUUUAACCUCGUGCAUCAUUUUCUACCUGUCGAUCGGCGCCGCGUUGUUCCAGAUCCUGGAGGAGCCCAACUGGACGUCUGCCCGGGACAGAUACGUCCAGCAGAAGGAGGACGUGCUGAAGAAGUACGCCUGCCUGACACAGGACGGGCUGGAGGAGAUUCUGGAGAUCGCGUCGGAGGCCGCAGGUCAAGGUGUGACCAUCACCGGCGACAGGCAUCGCAACACGUGGGACUGGGUGAACUCCGUCAUAUUCGCUGCCACCAUCGUCACCACCAUAGGCUAUGGAAAUGUUGCUCCCAAGACUAAAGGCGGUCGUGUGUUCUGCAUCCUGUACGGCCUCUGUGGGAUCCCUCUCUGCCUGGUCUGGAUCAGUGAAUUGGGCUCUUUCUUCGGAGACAGAGCCAAGCGUCUGUCCCAGGUUCUGAUUCGUAAAGGCGUUUCAGUGAAAAAGGUCCAAUUCACCUGUACGGCCUUAUUUCUGUUAUGGGGGCUGUUGGUGCACCUGGUGAUCCCUCCAUUUGUUUUCAUGUCUAUGGAAGGAUGGACCUACCUGGAAGGCAUCUACUUCUCUUUCAUCACACUCACAACGGUUGGUUUUGGAGAUUAUGUGGCAGGUGUAAAUCCAAGCAUAGAUUACCCUGGGCUGUACAGAGUAUUUGCAGAGUUAUGGAUCUACAUGGGCCUGGCCUGGCUGUCUCUGUUCUUCAGCUGGAACGUCCACAUGGUAGUGAAAGCUCACGAGGUGCUAAAGAAGAGACGACACAGGUACAGACACUUUCAUGACGAGGAACCCCAGCAUGAAGAGGAAAAGGAAAAGCAAGACCCAGAUGUGAAGCCAUCCGUCAUCGACAUCUUUAAAUUCCUGUCUGACAAGGAGGAGGACUACAGCACCGUCAUCAAGGAGAUUGGAAUCAAGACGAAAAAAGUCACCCCCGAAGACAAAAUAAAUCGCUCCAAGAGUUGCAGCGACAUUUUGGCCAUCCAGACCCUGGAGCAUUCGCCACGUCAAAGACACAUGGUCAGUAUCAGUGAGGUGUUCAUGAACGCAAACUUUCAAAAGGGCGAGCAUCCUCAAGAAGAAAGCAACGGAGACCUUGAACCUCCAGAAUGUGUGAGGACAGGCAAUGAGGAGAACAAGGACAAUUGUGCAUUUGACUCGGAAAAUGAGGGAAUCACCUUCACUGUACCCACCAAAGCUGCUACAGAAGAACAAAGUGCACAGCAGGCUGGUGGUGGGGAGAGUAGGUUCAAAAUAUCCAAGGUAAAUGAAGAUGUGUUAAUAGACCAAGAUGAAAAAGGGUAAAACAUCAUCUUGUAACCGUGUCGGAAGGGAGGAGCAGGGCUUUGUUUUAAAAAUAUUAUAAAUACUGUUAUUUAUGAAGGGAACAAACUGCAUUACACAAAUCUACGCACAUUAAGGCUGGGCUGUUCCCGCUUUACAGGGGCACUAUUUCGUGCAACUUUCCAAUAAUAACCUGUACCUAGUAAGCCAGUGCAUGUAAAAUAAUUAUCUUCGUCUCGCAAACAGUGAAUUAAGAAUCUUGAAUUUUUGAUCCCAUAUGCAUCCAGAUCUUUUGUUGCAACGUCUCAAGUCUUAAACAGUAGCGACGAUAUGCAGAAUACACAGAUCAUUUCACGGGAAAGGGGCUUGUGUAUGUAAAACAGAGCCAAUGUGGAGGCUGCUAGAGUUGGAGGCCGGAAUCACGUGGUCAGUAUCAGCGUUUUCCUGGCUCACCAUGACCUUGGAGAAACACAAAUACAGUUAUAGCACAGUCAAACAAUAGUGAAGGUGCAUAGUUUUUAAAUAGGUUAAAGAACGCCAACCUCAGAGCCAGGUGGCUCUUCGGGAUCAUACUUUGAUAGCUUCAUGUUAUUUGGAUGACUCUGGUCCGAUGUAAUCACAAAGUGACCCAACAGCUGCCGGCUGGAUAAAAACAUUACAGUCUCUACUUCUGAUACAAACUGAGGAUAGAAUACAAAACAACUUGGUAAUACCUUUUACGAAGGGGAACAACAAUUAUUCCCCUUUGUCUUUCAAAAUGUCAACAAUAUUUUAGCACCACAACACGAAGUGGUGCAGGAUUCUACAGUUUAAAAGAAUUUGCCCAUGUAGGCUUCUUCACAAGUGAAUGCUUCAAUGAACUGAGAAUAACCAUUUGUCAGGUUAUAAGUUGCUUGAGGAAAGAAAGCCACUGGAAAAGCACAAGGAGAUUCAUAUGUUAAAGGUGUAAAACUGUGAGGGGUUUUAUUAUAAAGUGCAUUACUGUGGAGUAGAGGGUGGGUAAUGUUUUUUUAGGUGCACAAGUGUGUCCUCCAUAACAAAACGGAAGAUCUCUCCCUGGGUUUUGUGCUGACGGUGAUUGACAGCAAAUUGUGCAGAGUCAACGUAGAGUGAUGUCAUUAUUUUCCCCUCAGCUCUGGCUAUAACAUGGGUUAACAGGAUGCGCAAAAUUAAUGUUUUGUUGAUGCAUGUUUGAAGAAUGACCAUGGUCGACCUCUGUAACAGAUUUAUUGCAUUUUUGCUGUGGCUCCAUCACAAUAAAAGUUUUUGGUUUUUUUCAAAUCCGAUUUUCCAAAGUAUUUUUAUGUGAGACAACAGCAGUAAGCAGUGACUUACUGCUCUUGCAUGGUGGAAGAAGAGUGAAGAGUGAAGGGUAAAUGGUGAGGGUGCCAAAAAUUUGAUCAAAGUAUAAAAGGCAUUGCUGGAUUAUAUGAUGUAUUGAUGAAAAUCCCCUUCAUAAAAAUCAGUGAUUAUUGGAAAUCCAUGAAAUAGUUUUUGCUCAAGCAAUAAACACUUAAUUGGGUUUGAUUUCA